AUGCAUCCUCUGACCCUUUCCCUCUUUGCUGCUUUCUUGCCCACUGUUUGGCUGAUGGACCAGAAGGCGCUGGAUGAAUUCGUGAACCUUCCUGACCCCCACUACAAUUAUACCAUCACGAAGAGGGAGAAGAUAGGCUUUCUUUUACCAUUCAAUUUUGAUACCAUCAAUAUGACCUCCCAGAAGUGGCUGGAUGAUCACUUCACUUUUCAGAAAAAAAGGCUUGGAAGGGCCGUAGCUACACUGAAGCCGGCGCUUAUCCAGCCACUCACCUUCUACAAUCAUCCUUUAGGACGCAAGAACAUCACCGGAUAUGAUAUUGUUGCAUAUACCUGGUGGAGAUUUAUAAAUGACCCGACUGCACCUCCACACUGGCUGGUGCAAUUCCCAAUGGUCAAGGCUACUGUGAGAGCCAUGGACACCAUCACAGUCCACAUGAAGAAAAAAUAUGGAGUUGAGAUUUCAGAGUUUACAUUGGCCGGCAUUUCCCUGGGUGGAUGGAUCUCCUGGCUGACAGCAGCAGUUGACAGGAGGGUUAAAGGAAUUGUUCCCAUUGCCAUGGAUUUUCUGAAUUUCAAGGAGACUUUCCACCACCAAUACCGAGCAUAUUGUGGCUGGUCGUAUAUGUUGAGACCCUUCCAUGAGAUGAAUAUAACCCAAGAGUUGGACAACCCCCGUUUCAGCGAUCUGGCUUCUCACGUGGACCCUCUGGCAUACAACGAGCGAUACACAAACGUAGCCAAGUACAUAAUCGUUUUAUCAGGGGAUGAGUUCUUCCAGCCCGACAAUUCACAGUAUUACUUUUCUCAACUAGAAGGCGUCAAAUUUCUUCAAAUCCAGCCAAACACUGAUUAUGGGAAUCAAACUUUAAACCAACUUUUCAAACUCAUCUUGCCCUUCCACCGAAAAUUGUUAGAAAAGGAAAUUCGAUUUCCCAUAGUCUCUUGGGAGAUAAAAAUGACAAAUACCAGCGGGACUAUCUAUUUCACUACCUUCAAUACCAACAAAGUCUAUUCUUACCAUGCUGACACAGUCGGUGGUACCAGGCGAGACUUCAGGAUGAAGAUAGCAGCUGGCAAUUCUUCUCAAGACAACCCUGUAAAAUGGAUUCAGACAGAUGUUGAAACACUAGAUAUAGGUGUGUAUAAGAAAGAAAUGCCAAGGCCAGCAAAAGGAUGGAGAGGCUUCUUCAUUCAGGCUACCCAUGCAGAAGAGAACUUUGAUACUCGUUUUGUAGCAACAUCAGGCAUGCUCAUCAUGCCAGACACUUUUCCAUGUCCUGACUGCAACGGAGAUGGAUGCCGUGGCACAUUAGUCUGA